AUGGCUGACGUGGAUGUGUUGAUCUUUAACAGUAGCAUGAAACUUAAGUCCCCAAUACAAAUUGUUUCCCUGAAUCUGGACAGAAACGUACGAAACGCCAUGGACGUUAACUACUUCAGUCCCAGCACCCUGGACAAAGGUGUUCUUCCAGCAAUGAUCUCAAGACUAUCGGGGCACAUUGUUCUAAUCAACGGCAUCCAAGGAGGCUCCAAAAGACUAAUUUUACCCCCAGAAUCUGUUGGGACCAACGAAAAACCCACCCCAAAGCCCCAGGACUUCUUUGACUGCCUCAGGUUUGCAGCUGAGGAGUAUGGAAUAAUUGUCAGCACCAUCAGUCAUACUUUUAUAAAACACCAAACACAGUUGGAGAAAAUCUGA